UAGGCACAAAUAACCAAGUGCCAGUCGGUGCGGUGGCAUCAAAUUAUUCAGGUAUAUAGUAUAUGGCUCGAUCGAUUAGGGGAUCAAGUGCCAAGACAAUUAAGUGAAGAGCAGCCAGGCCGUUUCUAUCUCGAUUUUAGCUGUAUGUCAGCAACUACGCUUUUUGACAAUCGCAAUCAAAUAGUUAAAUAGGCUAUUUUUAAAACCUAUUCACUGCAAUUUUUCCAGCUUAAAUGUUCGUAAAGAAUGUGCUUAAGAAAUUAGUGUGUGUGCCUAAAUAAAUUCUGUCAAGAGAAAGCGCUGGCUCAAUGAAUCAAUGGCUCAAUGGCUCAUUGUUUGAUUAUUGCCAAGAUCCAAAACUAAUUACCAAACACACAAAUGCUGCAGGCUAAAUUCUGAUUUUGAUCGAUUAUAUUGUCGAUUAUAUAUACUAUAUAUUGUCUCGAAGACAAGCAAAAAGUCGAACUUAAGGUAGAUCAUGGAUUGAGUAGCAUACUAAUUGAUUUGCGAAAAUCGCAUUUAAUGGCAUAGCCAUAUAUCAGUGUCGCAAACUCGUUUGCCGGAGUAUAUAGGCCUGGAUUGCCGCCCACUCACGCCUUUCCUCGGGGAAAAACCGGUCGCCUGGACUGUCUUUCUUUCUUUAUUGUUAUGAUUGCUAUUAUUAUUAUUAUUACUAUUAUUAUUGGUAUUGGUAUUGGUAUUAUUGUGCCUCCUUGUCGCCGGGCAAAUAGAAGCGAAAGAGAACAAAUACGAGUGCAAAAAAAAAGAGCACGAAAGCCGGGGAAAGAAGCAGCACAUCUGGGUGGCUAUAAAAGCCACCAGCCGGCUCCGGAUUCUCCACAGUCGAGCUUCAACUGUUUCUCAGAUGAUGUCGCCGCAUAAGACCCACACCUGGCUGCCACUGGCGGUGGCCGCCCUCCUGCUGAUCCUUGGACCGCAGUCCUCCCUGGCGGAGGAACCCAUUUAUCGCCUGUGUGUGCCGCAAAUCUAUUUGGCCGAGUGCCAGCAGCUGCUGGCCGAUCCCUCGGAGGCGGGCAUCCGCAUGGAGUGCGUGGCUGGACGGGAUCGAGUGGACUGCCUGGAGCUGAUCGAGCAGCGCAAGGCCGAUGUGCUGGCCACCGAGCCGGAGGACAUGUACAUCGCCUAUCAUCGCAAGAACGAGGACUAUCGCGUGAUCUCUGAGAUCCGAACGCAGCAGGACAAGGAUGCCGCCUUCCGUUACGAGGGCAUUAUCCUGGUGAAGAAGGACUCCCCCAUUCGCACCCUGCAGCAGCUGCGUGGCGCCAAGUCCUGCCACACUGGCUUCGGCCGCAACGUCGGCUACAAGAUCCCCAUCACCAAGCUGAAGAACACGCACGUCCUGAAGGUGUCCGCCGAUCCGCAGAUCUCCGCUACGGAGCGCGAACUGAAGUCGCUGUCCGAGUUCUUCACGCAGUCGUGCCUGGUGGGCACCUACUCCACGCAUCCGGAAACGGAUCGCCUGCUGAAGAAGAAGUACGCCAAUCUGUGCGCUCUGUGCGAGAAGCCGGAGCAGUGCAACUAUCCGGACAAGUUCAGUGGCUAUGAUGGCGCCAUACGCUGCCUGGACAAGGGUCAGGGCGAGGUGGCCUUCUCCAAGGUGCAGUACAUCAAAAAGUACUUUGGUCUGCCGGGUGCCGGCCCAGAUGCGCCGCCAGCGGAGGGCAAUCCGGAGAAUUUCGAAUAUCUGUGCGAGGAUGGCACCCGGCGCCCGGUCACCGGACCCGCCUGCUCCUGGGCCCAGCGCCCCUGGAGCGGCUACAUCUCCAACGAGCAGGCCGUUCACAACUCGGAGCAGCUGCACCAAUUGCAGUCGCGUCUGGAGCGCUUCUUCGCCAAUGGACUGCAGGCGCAGAACAAGGACGCCGCCGCCCAUCUGCUCAUCCAGCCGAAUGCCGUGUACCACAGCAAGGAUGCUGCCAUCGAUCCCAAGGUCUAUUUGGAGCGUGCCGGCUACAAGGAUGUGAUCGAGCGUGAUGGCAGUGCCAUCAGGAAGAUCCGCUUGUGCGCCCAGAACGACGACGAGUUCGCCAAAUGCCAGGCGCUGCACCAGGCUGCCUACGCCCGCGACGCUCGUCCGGAACUCGAGUGCGUUCAGUCCACCGAUUGUGUGGUGGCUCUGACCAAGAAGGAGGCGGAUUUGACCAUUGUUCGCGCAACUGGCUACGCGGAUGCCCGUAGCAACCAGCUGCAGCCAAUCGUCUACGAGCAGAGGGCUCAGGAUGAUGUCCUUGUGGCGGUCGCAGCACCCGGCGUUACACGGGAGGCUCUCCAGAAGGCCAGCAUCAAAUUCAAUGAGAAUUGCGAACGAUCCCGUGCUGCUGCCGCCUUGUUGAACAAGCGACGUGGCCUGGACGCUUGUCGUGUCUCAUCCAGCGACGAUGGAGAGGUGCAGAUCGUGCCCGCCUCCGAGCUGGAGAAGCACAAGGACGCGCAGCUGGUGUGCCCCAGUCUGGAGCGGCGACCGGUCACCGACUUCCGUGACUGCAACGUGGACGUACAGCUGCCCCGUGCCAUCUUCAUCCGAUCGGACACCACCAGCGUGGAGCAGGAGACAGUGAAGCAUCUGUUCUCGCUGAUCUCGGACAAGUUUGGUGCCCGCGGCAAGCUGGUGGAUGUUUUCGCUCUGUUCGGCGAAUUCCAGAAGGGCAAGAAGAAUGUGUAUUUCAACGACAAAGCCGUUCAGCUCACCACGGAGCUCAAAAACGAAAUCCAGAACGAGCAGAUCUACACAGAUCUCCAGUGCAAUGCUAACAAGAUUGCCAAGCAGUGAUCACAUUUUAUACUACUAGAUCCCACUAUCUGCAUCAAUAAAAUUUAAUUCGAAUAUAAACAG